AUGAAUUUACAUACUCCCAAUUUUCACAUAAGUUAAGAAAACUAUUUCUAAUUAAAUGAAAUUAGUCAAUGUCUGAAAUAUACUGCUUAUAUAAUUGAUAUUAAUGUAUAACAAUUACAUCAUAUAUUGAUAGAUCAUUCUAACAUCAACUUUACAUUAAACCUUUAGUACUUAAACUAUUACUUUAGAUUAAGUACUUCCUACAAGAUUGGAGAAGUAAUUAAACAAUAUUUACUUUAGUUACAUGAUGCCAAAUAUACAAUUAGAUUAAACUUUUCCAGAUUAUGUUUCAAAUUUGUCAUUGAAUGAGAUUCUCAAUCAAAUUAGAUAUGAUUAAAUAUUACAAUUUGCUAAACCUCUUGGUAUUGAUCUUUAAAUAGUUUAAGCUUAGUGAUCGAACAAAAGGAGUAGAAAUAAUUCUAAAUUAUAAAUACACAAUCCAAUAAGUAAAUUGGAUUUCAAUAAGUAAAUGAACUUAACUAUAAAUAUAGAAAAAAACAGAUGGGUUAUUAUCCAAUUAAAUUUUUAAUACUAAAAUCAAUAACACUAGAUCAAUUAGUCCAUAACCAAUGAGUACAAUUAUCAAUAACUAUUAAUCUAACACAUAAACUUAAAUUCCAAUUCUAUAAACUGAAUCAGGUUUAAUCAAUGAUUAAUUUAUCAACUUAAAUCCUAAUUUAUUUAGUAGUAAUUGCUUAUUAACUGAUACUCCUUAAAGUUAUUAAUAAUAUUAAUUGAAUAAAUGGACUGACAAAUCUAAAGAUAAACUUCUCUUUUAAGAUAAUUUUAUGAUANGCAUAAUUAAUUAUGAGAGUAUUCGUUAAAAUUCAAUAUUAUAUGAGACUUGA